AUGUCGUUGAUGAUGUUAUGGGGAUCAGCAAGAAGAGUCGACCAUGCUCAUCACGUGAGCAUGGGAAGAUUUGUUCAGUUUGUGAAUAAAAAAGGUGGUUCUCAGCAUUUGGGAAUUCAGCUAAAGCAAGGUGGAGAUAUAGUGUCGAUUUCUGUACUUGGCUCAGGGAUACCUAACACUUUAAAGAAAUUUCUAGAGGGCAGAGAAGAAUUUCUAAGAAAAGCUGAGAGAAUAGUGACUGAAGGUCGGAGUAUUAUUCCUGAAAAUAGUGUUGUAUUCUUACCACCGGUCACAGAAAUGGAUAAAGUAGUUUGUAUUGGCUUAAAUUACAAAAAACAUUGUAAAGAACAAAACGUUGAUCCACCAUCAAAACCUGUAAUUUUUAGCAAAUUUCCUAGUAAUAUUAUUGGACCUUAUGACAACAUUCACUUACCAAAUAUAUCUGAUAAAGUCGAUUGGGAGGCAGAACUGGCGAUCGUCAUUGGUAAAAAGUGCAAGGAUUUAAAUAAUCAUGAAGCCAUCAACUAUAUUUUUGGAUAUACAGUCGCACAAGAUUUAUCUGCGCGUGAUUGGCAAAAGGGGAAACGCAAUGGUGGUCAAUUUCUACUGGGUAAAGCUAUGGAUAAUUUUUGUCCAUUGGGGCCAGUCGUCGUUGCUAAGGAGUUCAUUGCCGAUGUUAAGAAUCUUACUGUUAAGACUUGGGUUAACGGUGAGCUUAAGCAAGAUGGUAGUACGUCGGAAUUCAUCUUUAAAAUCAACGACAUCGUCGCAUAUCUUUCUCAAUUUAUGACUUUACUACCAGGUGAUAUAAUUUUAACUGGGACUCCGUCUGGAGUUGGUUUUACACGAAAUCCACCAGAAUAUUUAAAGAAAGGAGAUGUUUUGGAAACAGAAAUCGAAACUAUUGGACGUUUGAAGAAUAAAUGCGUUUGAUGUUUUGUAAAAAAAAUUCAAAGUUAAGGAGAGGUUGCAGUUGGUACCAGAAAUUAGAAA